UCCUGCUUUGGCAGCAAAAUUGAGGGCCCCGAAACAAGCUAGGGAAAAGGUUGUAAGAAUCGGGCCAACCCUGCUGGAGACAUUAAAGAACACACUUCAGAUCUUAAAAUUUUUAACUUAUAUUAAUAUUAAUCUGAAAAUUAUAAGACAUAAAGUACAUGGUUUGGCUUGUGAAAAUCUCUCAACCUACGAUUGAUGGCGUUGAUAGUUUCAAAUAAUAAGUUAUCAUACAAUGCUUUUCACUAUUCAAAUAAUAGACCAGGAUUUAAGCCACUUAUAUUCCAUACUUGCAAACUGUUUGUCUUUAAUGUUAAAUGCAAGUAAUAUUAGUAAACUGAACUUUUCUAUGCAGAGUAUACUCUUUUUUUAAUAUUACUAUUUGAUCUCUGCCGAAGAAUUGAAUAUUAAUUUAUAUUGAAAACAUAUUUAUCAUUAUAAUAAAGCAUCUAAAUAUUAUAUCUAAAGUCUGAGGACAUGUCUUCUUUCAAAUUGAGCUUACAAGAUAGAAGAGAUCUAGAAAAAUUUACUCGAUUUUUAGCAUUAAAAGUUGCUCAGAUAGUUGUACAAUCAAGAUCUGGUGAUAAAAUAAUUACUAAGUGUAAACCAAAUUCAUCUGGAACAGAUUGGUUUAACCUUGCAAUUGAAGAUUUGCCAGAAGUUUUGAUGGAAGCAAAACGUUCUUUAUGUGAAGAAAUAAUUAAUUCUCCCGUUCCUCUAUGUAUAGAAAUAUCACUUAGAACUGUUGAAGGAGAUAGUAUGGUUCUUGAAACUUGGACCCUUGGUAUAAUGCCUGAACAUAGUGAUCCUGCUCUUAGGAUUACGUAUACAGUGUAUAACAGAAUGGGGAUUUUGUUAAAAUCGUUACUCUCAGUAUCAAGAAUAACACCUGCUUAUAAAUUAAGUCGUAGACAAGGUUCUGAUUCUUAUGUUAUCUGCUAUCGAAUAUAUAUGGGUGAUCCUCAACUUCAUUGUCUUGGUGAAAAUUACAAACAUGUAAGAGUUGGAUAUCUUUGUACACCAAUUGGUAUGAUUCACUUAUCAGUAUCUUAUCGAACAAAGAUGACUAUUUCACCAACUCAAAAUAGCCGCGAUUCCAUAAUGCUGAAAAGUGACCAUUUUCAUUCAGAUUUGAGUCCAAAACAUACUAGAUAUCAAAAGAAUGGCGGAAAUUCAACAUUUUUCAGUGAUAUAGUUAAAGUGGGAGCUUUUGUUGUCAAUAAACAAAUUUCUAUGAAUGAAGAUGGUUUUCAUUUAGAUGUUCCAUUUAGUUCUCUUUUAGGAGUGCACCAAAUUUUGCCAUCCACAGUAACACUUCCUUCUGCCACAUUUGAUCCCGAUCAAAUUGCAGUGACGACUGUUACAUCACAAAGUGUUAUCGAUACCAAUAAUAGCAAUGAACAAUGUCAUGACGUUACUACAGUUAAAUAUAAUUCUCAUAAUGAAUCAAGAAGAAGCAGUUGCUCAGUAAUUAGUACUAAUGAUGACUUCAUCAUGGUAGAUUUGAAGACACCAUUCGCAGCUACAAACACUAAUAGUGAUUUAGGAAAUUUCUAUCGCGAAUGUCAAAGUGCACCACAACUGCAAACUUUCAUUGAAGAGCAAACUUUGGGAGAACAAGUAGGAGAUUUAACAAAACAGAUAGAAACUUUUGAAACGAACAUGCAUCUUUAUGAAGAUUUAUUGAAUUCUCUUUACAAAUCUGAAAAUAAUAAUUGAUGAUAUUAUAAGUGAUUACAUUAUUAUAAGGUGUUUUUGAAAUAAUUUCAAGAACUUAGAAAUAAGUUUAUACUUUAACUUUGAUAUGUAAAUCUGUACAGAAAUGUUCAUAUAUAAUUAAAUAAUCUAAUAUAAUAAUUAAAAGAUUUCUAGUAAUAGCUAGAUAGCUCUUUUUUGGAAAAGUUAAUAAGCUAUAAAAGAAAAAAAUAGUAGCGGUAUUUUCAAAAUAAGUUUACUAUAUUUAUAUUUACUUAUUUAUUUA